AUGGCACCAGUCAAUGCCCUCCCGCAUUUCUUAAGCACAGUGAUGGCAAUAUUACUUGACACCGUCAAUCCGGCCUUUGAGGCCUGGAUUCAGCAGGAUGCCUUGUUCCCAUCGUCGAUGGCACUAGCCAGUGCCCUGCCGCAUUUUUUAAGAACAGUGACGUCAAUAUUACUGACACCGUCAAUCCAGGCCUCAAAGGCCGGAUUGACGGUGUCAAGUAAUAUUGCCAUCACUGUCCUUAAGAAAUGCGGGAGGGCAUUGACUGGUGCCAUCGACGAUGGGAACAAGGUUCCUGCUGCGAAGCAAGGGCAGCAUUUGUGCUUGCCAAAGUGGAACUACACCCUCCCAGUUCUGGAAUUUGAAAUGACUCUCAUCUACAUCGUCACCCAACUCACCCAUUUGUUUCUCAAUAUGUUUGGCCUCCCAGUGCUUGCCGCUCAACUUGUGAACGAUGCAUGGAGGGGCAUGAGGGACAUUGGGGUGAUGAUAAUCUAUACUUUAUCUGUUUUCUGUGUUUUCCGUCCAAUAAUGUUUUGGAUUGUGAAAAGAACCCCUGAAGGCAGCCCUGUUAAGGAUUCAUACAUUUUCUUCAUCCUGCUGGCAUUUUUGGGAUCUGGAUUGUUUUCCCACUGGUGUGAGCUCCCGAUCGUGAUCGGGCCUUUGAUCUUAGGGUUCGCAGUGCCAGAUGGGCCCCCACUAGGAGCUACUUUGGUCAAAAAGCUUGACUUUAUGGUCAAUAGGGUUUUCAUGCCAGUUUUUGUGACCACGUCCUUGAUGAGGGUUACUGUAUCCUUAGAAAUGCCUCCGGCUCAUAGAAGGGUGGUAUUAGGCACCGCCAUUGUUACUUUUGUGAUUUUCUUGAGCAAAUUUGCAGCCUCUAUGGUGACUCCUUUGUGUUGCAAGAUGCCUUUGAGGCAUGCAGUGGCACUGGCUCUCAUAAUGACCAGCAAAGGCGUUGUCGAGAUAGCUGCAUACACCAUCGCUAAAGACACUUGGGUUAUAGUUUCUGGGGUCUUUAACCAUAUGAUGUUCACAGUUUUAUUGAGUGCAAUUGUCGUGCCACCUCUUGUGAAGUACUUGUACGAUCCUAAGAAAAAAUAUGCAGGCUACCACAGAAAAGCCCUUCUCAAUUCCAAACCCAAUUCGGAGCUCCGAAUUCUCGCAUGCAUCAACAGAGCUGAUAACACCCCCGCCAUCAUCAACCUUAUCGAUGCCUCGUGCCCGACUCGAGAAAGCCCCAUCGGCCUCUACGUUCUUCACCUCAUCGAGCUAGUUGCUCGAACCACCUCCGUCUUAAUCUCACACAACUUACAAACAAGAGCCCUCUCCAAUUAUUCGUACUCCGAUAACAUCAUCCGUUCGUUCGUUCAGUUUAUGAAAGAGAAUGAAGAAGCAGUCUUCGUGCAUGUAUUUACGGCUAUAUCUCCAUCCCUAUACAUGUACGACGACGUAUGCACCCUCGCGCUGGACAAAAACACAUCGCUCAUAAUCCUGCCGUUCCAUCGAAAGUGGUCGGUUACUAACGGGUCUAUAGAGUCGGAAAACCAAGCCGCAAGGACGCUCAAUUGUCGGGUGCUUGAAACCGCGCCGUGUUCGGUUGGCAUUCUUGUGAACCGCGGUCACGUAAAAUGCACCAACUCCUCAGUAUCACCUGCAGAAACGUAUCGAGUUGCAUUGGUUUUCAUCGGAGGGAGUGACGACUGGGAGGCGCUUAUGUUCGCGAAACGCAUGCUUAGGGACGCGUGCAUUAGCCUGACGGUGAUUCGGCUAGUGUACGCGUCCGAGGACAAAGAAAGUUUCACCAAAUGGGAGGUGGUGCAGGACAAUGAGAUGUUGAAGGAAGUAAGGCAUAAUGGUACAGGGUACGUGAGUUAUGUAGAAGAACACGUGGCCGACAGCACUCAAACGACAAGGAAAAUACGGUCGUUGAUGGACGAGGAUGAAUACGACCUGUACAUAGUCGGGAGAAGAUACAAUAUGAGAAGCCCUCAGACAUUGGGUCUUGAGCAAUGGAGUGAGUUCCCUGAACUUGGUGUCAUUGGCGACAUGCUUGCCUCGGCGGAUUAUUGCUGCAAAUUCAGUGUGUUGGUGAUUCAGCAUCAGCAACAAGGGACUAGCUCGUAG